CCGCAAUCCGCACCGGUUAUUAACGGUGCCAAGGUACUCGCCUUGAUCGACAAUGCUCGCAGCCGGUGAAACGCCGGAACGCCGGACGUCACGUUGCAUUUUGAGGAAACACCGUUUUCGCGCGACGAAGUAGCCGGGGAACUAUCGUCGACUGUUGGCAGCCGUUGCAGCAGACGACGCGCGACGCUGUGUCUGCUGUCAACGUCCGAAACAUGGCGUCCGCAUCGUCGUAGCGUCCCCCGAAGCAUUCGGUUGUCCGUAUAGCGAAAUAGUCGUUUUCUUACGGAGGGGACUACCGAGAGUAAUAGUUGCCUAGUUGGCGAUAGUAGGUGGAAGAUAUAUCGUUACACUCUGACGUUCAUUUUCCGUACCUUUACUGAUGGACGACGACACGAUCGCUUUCGGUGAGGAGGAGGAGGCGGCCCAAAAUGCCAACAAGCUUAAACACCCAUACGUUACGCUGUUUCACUUGGCCUUCAGGAUAGCGGCUAUAGUAGUUUAUAUGCUUUGCGGUUGGUUUUCCAAUAGUUUUAUAGCGAGCUUUGUAACUGUUGUACUACUUUUAUCGAUGGAUUUCUGGACAGUUAAGAAUAUUACUGGCAGAUUAAUGGUCGGCCUUAGAUGGUGGAAUUAUGUGGACGACGAUGGCAAGAGUCAUUGGGUUUUCGAAUCUAAAAAGGGUGUUCAACAGAAUCGCAUUAACGCAACCGAGGCACGUAUCUUUUGGCUGGCUCUGAUCUUGUGCCCGCUUCUUUGGUCAAUAUUCUUUAUCAUCGCAUUGUUCGGUCUUAAGUUCAAAUGGCUUUUGCUCGUCUGCAUCGCCAUCGUUUUGAAUGGUGCGAACCUGUACGGCUAUAUUAAAUGUAAAAUGGGAAAUGAUAAAAACAUCUCAACGGCCACGAGUGAUUUCUUCAGGAAACAAGUGAUUCAAAAUGUGGCCUCGAUGAUGGCAAGGAGUCCUCCGACGAAUAAUUCCAAUCAACCGAGUAAUGUAAUAUAAGAACUAUACAUCAUUCGCCAGCACACUGACCCGUCAUAUGGAAUCUGUAUUCUCCUGCCGAAUAAUUUAACGAAUCUAUGCGAACGUUUGUACAUAAUGAUGUUAGGCGGUAUCUCUUAAGCAGUCUAUAAUAAAUCGUUAUUACAACUUUUA